AUGAGUUUAGGAAGUGCCGAGAAAAGAAAAGGAAUAAAAAAAUUUGCAAAAUCAAUUGGAUCCAAAAUAAAUUUAAGAGGUAAAAAGAAAGAUCAUGAUGAUGAUGGUUCUUCUAUUGGUAGUAUUGGGAGUUUGAAUAUUAGAAGCGUCCAGGAGAAUUUUAAAAGUAAGCAGUCCAUUGAAGAUGCUGAUCCUGGAGUUCUUGAUGAUUUGUCACACAAGAGUUCAGCUAGUUCUUUAAACCAUCCAGUUGUUAAUAGAACUGCUUCACCUAUCUUAAAAAAUCCUUCUGUUGAGAAUAUAGUUCAUGUGGAAAAGAAAAGUACCGUACCACCAAUAAAGCCUCCAAGAAUAGAUCAAAAAGAACCCCAGGAUGAAUGGGAAUCCAAACUGGUUGGAAAUAAACCUCGAGGCGUUUUGAGGCCUGGUAGUAGUGAAUCAUUAAAUAGAAGAUCUUGGGAUUCCUCAAAACUAGCUUCACAAAUAGAAGAAGAGCCUGCAGAGUUGUUAGAUGUACCUAAGAAAAAUUUUGAGACUAUAAGUUUAAGAUCUACUAAAUCUCCAGAAACUCCUAGAAAAGAACAUAAGGAGGGAAUGUUUUCCAAAUUUAAAAACUUCAGAAAAGAGUUUUAUGAGUCAAACUCUGAAGCCUCUGAAAGCCACAUACCUAGUUUGGAUCCAGAUCAUCGACUGCUUCUAAGGUCUACAAGGCCAUUGCUACAAUCCAGAAAUGCGGCAGUGGUCAUGUCAGUUGCUCAACUGUAUCACCAUGCUUCCCCAAGAAGUGAAAGUAUCUUAGCUGCAAAAUCAUUAGUGCGUUUUCUGAGAUCUCACGUUGAAGUACAAAGCAUAGUUCUUAAUGCAAUAGCAUCAAUGAGUCUUACUAACAAGGGGAUGUUUGAACCUUACCUAAAGAGUUUUUUUGUUAGGAUAUCAGAUCCAACUAAUGUGAAGUUGCUGAAAUUAGAUAUACUUACUAAUGUCACCAAUGUUUCAAAUGUUUCUAUUAUUUUAAGAGAGUUGCAGACUUACAUUUCUAAUAGUGAUAAGAAUUUCGUUGCUGCCACUAUUCAAGCUAUAGGAAGAUGUGCCUGUUCUAUUUCAGAAAUCACUGACUCGUGCCUUAAUGGUUUAGUUUCUUUAUUAUCUAACAGAGACGAGGCUGUUGUAGCAGAAAGUGUAGUAGUUAUUAAAAGACUUUUGCAGACACAAGCUGCUGAUCCUAAAGAAAUAAUCACUCAUAUGGCUAGAUUGCUCGAUAGUAUUACAGUUGCCCAAGCUAGAGCUGCCAUUCUUUGGCUCCUAGGGGAACAUUCACAAAAGGUGCCACAAGUUGCACCAGAUGUGUUACGGAAAAUGGCUAAAACUUUUCCAGAUGAGGUCAUGAAGAGUUACAAUUGGGCUCCCUUUCUCAUUUACAUUAAACAACGAGCAAAUGGAUAUGAAGAUUUGCCUCCUUUUCCUGCUAAUCCGCCUACAGGAGACGUUAGGAACGUAGAGCAACUAUCAGGAGAGGAGGGUAAAGUUCAUAAAAGUACGGACAAGAAAAGAAAAGAACAAUUCAACUCUGAAUCUGGAAUGUGGGGAAUGUGGGAAUCUGAAGCUAGUUCUGGUGGCAAUAGUAGUGACUAUGGUUCAAGUACCAGUUCUUCGAGUGAAAGCGACGACGAGUUGAAUGAGGAAGAGUCAACACCUCAAAUAAUGAUAUUGAUAAUAAGGAAAUGCAUGCCUGACUGUGAUAAAAGUGAUAAAAGUGACAAUGAAGAAAAAAUAACCACGAAACGGAUUGAAGAAGAAAGACAAAUUGAAUGCAAAGGAACCAAAAAAACUUACAGUAAAUAUCUAAGACAGUAG